AUGUCACCCGGGUCCAGCGCCCAGAGCAAAAGCAUCUCGGCUUAUGGAGAUGCGCGCUCAACUAUCUCAGGGAAAUGUCUUGACCCCGAAGAGGUUCGUAAGAUGAACCAAUACUUCAACGCCAGUCUGUACCUUUGUCUCGGCAUGCUCUAUCUUCGUGAAAAUCCUCUUCUCAAGGAGCCAUUGAAGAAAGAACAUCUCAAAGCUCGUCUUCUGGGUCACUGGGGAUCAGAUGCCGGUCAAUCCUUCACUUGGAUUCACAUGAACCGUCUCAUUAAGAAGUACGACCUGGACGUUCUAUUCAUUUCAGGACCUGGCCACGGUGCCCCCGGAAUCAUCUCCCAGUCUUACCUUGAAGGUGUCUACACAGAAGUGUACCCGGAUAAGACUGAAGAUGCGGAAGGAAUGCAGAAAUUCUUCAAGCAAUUUUCUUUCCCUGGUGGCAUUGGGAGCCAUGCUACUCCCGAAACCCCGGGUAGUAUCCAUGAAGGUGGUGAGCUUGGAUACUCUAUUUCUCACGCUUUUGGAACCGUCUUCGAUAACCCAAAUCUCAUCACCCUUACGAUGGUUGGUGAUGGAGAGUCCGAAACUGGCCCACUCGCGACAAGCUGGCAUAGCACGAAAUUCCUCAAUCCCAUCACUGACGGUGCGGUUCUGCCUGUGCUUCAUCUGAAUGGAUACAAGAUCAAUAAUCCCACUGUUUUGGCACGUAUUAGCCACGAAGAGUUGACCGCUUUGAUGGUCGGCUAUGGCUGGAAGCCUUAUUUCGUGGAGGGAAGUGACCUGGACAGCAUGCACCAAGCUAUGGCAGUUACCCUGGAGCAAUGCGUUAAGGAGAUCAAAGAGUAUCAGCAGCAAGCACGAUCUUCCAACAAGCCAUUCCGUCCUCGCUGGCCUAUGAUUGUACUUCGGUCUCCGAAGGGUUGGACCGCUCCUAGAGAUAUCGAUGGAAAGCACCUUGAAGGCUUCUGGCGCGCACAUCAAAUCCCAAUCACCGAUGUCUCAUCGAAUCCUGCUCAUUUGAAAAUCCUGGAAUCUUGGAUGAAGGGAUACAAGCCAGAAACCCUAUUCGACAAGAACGGCAAGCUUAUCUCAGAGUUGAGGGAGCUUGCGCCUAGUGGCAACUCUCGCAUUAGCGCCAACCCGGUCGGCAAUGGUGGAAUUCUGCGCAAGCCUUUGCAGUUGAAUGACUUCCGAGACUACAAAAUCACUGACAUCACUCCUGGAAAGACUUAUGCAGGAGGUAUGGCCAACAUGGCUAAAUUCCUUCGUGAUGUUGUUGCUAGAAAUAUGACUUCCUUCCGGCUCUUUGGUCCCGAUGAGACGGAAUCCAACAAGCUGUCUGAAGUUUACAAAGCCGGUCAGAAGGUUUGGAUGGCGGAUUACUUUGAAGAAGAUAAAGAUGGCGGCAAUCUGUCUCCCUUCGGUCGUGUCAUGGAGAUUCUCAGUGAGCAUACUUGUGAAGGCUGGUUGGAAGGGUAUAUUCUUUCCGGUCGCCAUGGUCUCAUCAACAGCUACGAACCAUUCAUUCACGUUAUUGAUUCAAUGGUCAACCAGCACUGCAAGUGGAUUGAGAAAUGUCUGGAAGUCGAGUGGCGUGCUAAGGUCGCUUCUCUCAACAUUUUGAUCACAGCCACCGUCUGGAGACAAGACCACAACGGCUUCACCCACCAGGAUCCCGGAUUCCUAGACGUGGUCGCAAACAAAAGCCCAGAAGUAGUCCGUAUCUACCUUCCACCCGACGGCAAUACUCUUCUCUCAGUCAUGGACCACUGUCUGCGCAGCGUAAAUUACGUGAAUGUCGUGGUAGCAGACAAGCAAGACCACAUCCAAUUCUUGAAUAUGGACGACGCAAUUGCACACUGCACUAAGGGUCUUGGAAUAUGGGACUGGGCCAGUAAUGACCAGGGUGGAGAACCUGAUGUCGUAAUGGCAUCUUGCGGCGAUGUCUCGACCCACGAAGCCUUGGCUGCGACCGCACUUCUUCGCGAAUACCUCCCAGACCUGAAAGUCCGCUUUGUCAAUGUUGUAGAUCUGUUCCGACUUAUCUCGGGUAUUCACCAUCCACAUGGUAUGCCGGAUCGUCAAUGGAAGGCUAUCUUCACCGAUAACAAGCCUAUCGUGUUUAACUUCCACUCGUACCCGUGGCUUAUCCACCGUCUCACCUACAAGCGGCCAGGUCAGCAUAACCUGCAUGUGAGAGGGUAUCGAGAAAAGGGAAAUAUUGAUACUCCAUUUGAGCUGGCGAUGCGUAAUGGAACCGAUCGGUACAGCCUCGCUAUUGAUGCAAUUGACUUGAUUCCUUCUCUUGGUAAUACUGCGUCGAGUGUGAGGGAGAAGUUGGUCGAUGCUCGACUUGCGGGUAAAAUGGAGGCAUUUGAGAAUGGUGUUGAUCCUGAAUACAUUCGGAACUGGACUUGGCCUUAUGCUAAAUAA